UCCGCGUGACAGGGACGGCGAUUUAUAAAUAGCGGGGCGAGGGGCGCCGGCAGCGAGAGCGCUGAGAGGAGAACACUGCCGAGCCCAUGGAUUUCCAAGCCGGUAUCCUGCAGGAUGGCAGCCCCAUGGAGAGCCUGGAGAAGCAGCUCAUCUGCCCCAUCUGCCUGGAGAUGUUCAGCAAGCCCGUGGUGAUCCUGCCCUGCCAGCACAACCUGUGCCGCAAGUGCGCCAACGACGUCCUCCAGGCCGCCAACCCGUACUGGCAGAGCCGGGGCAGUUUGAUUUCGGGGGGCCGGUUCCGGUGCCCCUCGUGCCGGCACGAGGUGCUGCUGGACCGCCACGGCGUGUACGGGCUGCAGAGGAACCUGCUCGUGGAGAACAUCAUCGACAUCUACAAGCAGGAGUGCUCCAGCAGGCCCCUGAAAAAGGGGGAGCACCCCAUGUGCAAGGAGCACGAGGACGAGCGGAUCAACAUCUACUGCGUCACCUGCGAGGUGCCCACCUGCUCCAUGUGCAAAGUGUUCGGUGCCCACAAGGACUGCGAGGUGGCCCCUCUGCAAACCGUGUUCCAGGGACAGAAGACUGAGCUGAACAACUGCAUCUCCAUGCUCGUGGCGGGGAAUGACCGCAUCCAGACCAUCAUCACCCAGCUGGAGGACUCCUGCCAGAGCACCGAGGAGAACAGCGAGGCGGCCAAGCGGGAGCUCUGCGCUCGCUUUGACGCCCUGGCAGCGCUGCUGGAGGAGAAGAAGGCGGAGCUGCUGCAGCGCAUCUCCCAGGAGCAGGCGGACAAGACCUCCUUCAUCCAGAGCCUCAUCUGCCAGUACAAAGAGCAGCUGGAGAGGUCGAGCCGGCUGGUGGAGACAGCGAUCCAGGCAGCCGAGGAGACCGGGGGGGCCGCUUUCCUCAUGAAUGUCAAGCAGCUCAUAAAAACGAUCGUGGAGGCCUCCAAGGGUGGUCGCCUGGACAAGAUCGAGCAGGGCUAUGAGAGCAUGGACGCCUUCUCCGUGAGCCUGGACCACCUCACCGAGGCCGUGCGUGCCCUGGACUUCGACCCCGCAGAUGAAGAUGAGGAAUACUUUGAUGGCGAGGAAGAAGAGGUGGAAGAGAACGCAGCGCCCGAGACGACAGUGAUGGCAGCCCCUCGGGUAUCGGGCGAGGGGGCCCAGCCUGGGGCCGGCUCCGCGGGCGCUUUGCAGCCGGCUUGGCCGUCCCUCCUCCAGCCGGGAUUUGCACACGAAUCCCGGCUCUUCACACGGGCCGAGGCCACCGGCUGCCACCAGCGCCGGCCACACGCCGGGGUCACCCGCGCCGACCCGCAGGAGGAGGAGGAGGAGGAGGAGGAGGAUGGCACCCGGCGACGAGAAACGGCACCUCCUGAGCGAGGGCACCGGCGGGUACGGGGGGGCCCGGGGGGGUCCUAUGUGGGGGCUGCGCUAAAGGACGGGCACAAGGCGGAGCAGGGACAGGAGCCCGCCCUGGAGCUGGGGACACGGCGUGGCCAGCACUGCCACACGCGGGGGCCCGAUGGCCACCCCGGCCACCAGCAGCGGGCGCGCAGGAAGCUUUACCUGGCCGCUGGCAUCUGCCUGUUCUUCAUGGUGGGGGAAGCCGUGGGGGGGUACCUGGCACACAGCCUGGCCAUCCUGACGGACGCUGCCCACCUCCUGACGGACUUUGCCAGCAUCAUGAUCAGCCUCUUUGCACUCUGGGUGUCCUCACGGCCCCCCACCAAAACCAUGAACUUCGGAUGGUACCGGGCAGAGAUCCUGGGGGCCCUGCUCUCCGUGCUCUCCAUCUGGGUGGUCACGGGGGUCCUGGUCUACCUGGGGGCCCAGCGCCUGCUCUCGGGUGACUACGACAUCGAGGGCGGGGUGAUGCUCAUCACCUCCGCCUGCGCCGUGGCCGUCAACAUCGUGAUGGGGGUGGCUCUGCACCAGACGGGCCACGGGCACAGCCACGGGGCGGGCGGCGAGCAGCCCAACGCCAGCGUCCGCGCCGCCUUCGUGCACGUCGUGGGGGACCUGCUGCAGAGCGUCGGCGUCCUCAUCGCCUCCUACAUCAUCUUCUUCAAGCCCGAGUACAAGUACGUGGAUCCCAUCUGCACCUUCCUCUUCUCCGCGCUGGUGCUGGGGACAACGCUGACCAUCCUCCGCGACGUCCUCCUCGUCCUCAUGGAGGGGACCCCCAAAGGGAUGGAUUUCAACGCGGUGCGGGACACGCUGCUGGCGGUGCGGGGCGUGGAGGCGGUGCACAGCCUGCACAUCUGGGCACUGACCGCGACACAGCCCCUGCUCUCGGUGCACAUCGCCAUCAACGCGGCUGCCAGCGCGCAGGAGGUGCUGGACGAGGCCAGCUCGCGGCUGCAGGGCGCCUUCCACUUCCACACCACCACCAUCCAGGUGGAGAGCUACUCCGAGGAGAUGCGGGACUGCCGGGAAUGCCAACCCCCCCGCGACUGACUCCUGCCCUGCAUCCCGGGGGACUUUCCAUGUGUGGAAAAUAAAGCAGAGCGCACGGGGGUGUGUGGGGGGA